UACCUCACUAACACAGGCAACCCGCAAGCGUAGAGUGACAGAGGAACUGGUCGCCAUGUCUGCGGGAGAAGAAAAUAUCGCAACUCCAGGCGAAAUACUGGGAGAUUCGUCCCAGUUUAUCGCAGGGAAAGGGACCUAUCUGGCACCUAAUGGCCGGAAUAUUCACGCUUCCCUGACCGGCCAACGUCGUUUAGUACCCCCUCCACCCGACUCCGCCGAGAAGCACUCUCUUUGGAACCCGUCUCUUCAGAGGUUGACCGUGGAAGUUGUUGGUCACAAGACGCGCGGUGCUGUUCCGGAACCGGGAGUUGUCGUCAUUGCUCGAGUGACUAGGGUAAUGGCUAGAAUGGCAUCAGCUGAUAUAAUGUGUGUUGAAUCAAAGGCUGUUAAGGAAAAGUUUACCGGCAUUAUUAGGCAGCAAGAUGUCAGGGCAACUGAAAUUGAUAAAGUUGAUAUGUACCAGUCUUUUCGGCCAGGUGACAUUGUUAAAGCUGAAGUUCUUUCUCUCGGAGAUGCAAGGGCUUAUUACCUUUCUACUGCAAAAAAUGAACUAGGAGUUGUUUCUGCUCAGAGCAUAGCAGGAGCUACCAUGGUACCAAUCAGUUGGACAGAUAUGCAAUGCCCGUCAACUGGUCAGGUUGAAAAGAGAAAAGUUGCAAAAGUGCUUUAGAUAUUCUUCCACUUGGGAACUGAACAUGGAGAGAGAAUUGUGAGCUUAUUCUGUAGGUUACCCUUUUUUGCUUUAAAGAGUGAGCCCUCGCAUAAAGGGAUACAGAUUGCAUUACUUUGUCCGGAAAUUAUCAUAAUUUCCUUAUGUUUAGAAUUUUAAAUUGAAAUAUGUUCAAUUUUUUAUA